CAUUAUUUCACCCCACAAAAGGAAACCAAAAGUUGUUUGGAUUUACAAAGUUUCCGAACAGAACUCGAACAAAAUCAAAGGGGCGGCUCAGGUCUAUAAUAUGACCCUUCAUUUAACUAAUUAGUACAACAAUUGAUCCAGGAACCCUUCUACAGUUCUUUCUAACCGAUAAUCUCUGCAAUAAAAAUCCAGUCUUUUUGGUGUCUCAAAUCUUAUCCUUAAACAAAUCAACCCACUGUUACUUUUCCCGAGAAAAAUUACUUAGCUGUAGAGAGCAUAUUGAAGUAUCCAUCUUUCAAUUGUUUUUUGUAUUUCUUUUCUUUCUUUCUUUCUUUUUAUGAUUAGAUUGUAGCCGGAGAGUUUCUGUUCUGUCUUUUCGAUUUGUUUUAGAGCAAAUAGUAAUGGCGGGUGUGGCAAUAAUAUUAGAUCUAUUGAGGAAAAAUCCCAACUUUUGUUCACCCCAGUUCUGCGCCUCAGCGACUGUCUCCGCCGCAGCUGCCUCUAUCGCAGCUGCCAGUACACCUUUUGCUUCUAGGUUCUUAUUCGGGUUUUCUGGGGCCCAAGUUGCUCAUUGCGAUGCUGGUGCAGUAUUGUCUGAUAUUGACAUUUCAAAUAUACGAAAAGCGUCCAGUAAUAUUUUUCAACAUGAUUCACUCAAAUACACAACCAAGGAGUACUACAUAGAGUUAAAACCUCUCUUAUCAGCUUUUGAAUGGAAGCAACUAGCCAUGACAUCCUUGAGGUCAUUUUUGCUAUUCUACUUGCCUCUUCUGGAGCCUGCUUCAAUUACAGAAGAGGAUGAUGAUGACUUUCUGCAGGAUGCUCAUGAAGAUGACCGCAAAGUAGACUUGGUUGUACCCUUCCAAAAAUCAGUGAAGCAAAUUGUUCGUGAGACUACAGUUGUAACCACAAGACGGGUUCUAGAAAGACUUGCUGUGCAUUAUUGUUCCCAGCGGAUGGCUUGGAAACUUCUAAAAGAUGUUCCAAAAUCAGCUGUGCGUAAAGCUGAAAGGGGAAUGCCUACUAUUCUAUACUUGUUCAGGGUUAGCAGGACAACUUUUAGAGGUCACUUUUUAGGAGUUGCUGCAUCAUGGCUCGUACAAGUUGGAAUUGAAAUUUAUCGAUUCUUUUCUCAGCUAGCAAUUACCGAAGAAGAAAAUGAUAAGGUUGAUAAACCGGAACAAGCUAUCAUUCUCGGUAAGAAGAUCUGUGGUGUUACUCUGAGGUGUGGUGCAUCACUAGUUUUUGCUUCCAUUGGGGCAGGGAUUGGCGCAACCCUAAUUCGUCCUUCAGUAGGCCAAUGGAUUGGCUGUGCUGUUGGGGAUUUAGCCGGGCCAAUAGUUGUUUCAUUUUGUCUUGAAAAAGCUCUUCAUACCGACCUUUAGAGCAGUUGCAAUAUAUAUCAUUUGAUGUGCUUCUUGGACCUGCUUCUAACUUGAUUGGCUUUUCAAAAAAUUUUCCACUACUUGAUGAUACGAUUCUGCAAUUUCAGAGACUUCCAAUUGACAAAAAAUGUCUUGGAAGGCACAUAAUGCAGGUCUUGUAGCCAGGAUGUUUCAUAAAGCUGUUGAUUAGAAUCAUUCGAGACUAUUGUUACUAUCUGCUCAUAAAUUUUUACUUUCUUUU